AUGAUCGUGCUUCUCGUUAAUGUGCUGGUGCUGCCCUCUGUGGAUACCACAUUCUUCAGUGGGGUGUUUAAAAAUGUGGAAGAUGUGGCUGAAAUCUUUGAUUGCCUGGGCUCGCACUUCACCUGGCUGCAGGCCGUCUUUACCAACUUCCCUGUUCUGCUCCAGUUUGUGAACGGUAUGAAGUGUGUGGCUGGCCUUUGCCCCCGUGACUUAGAAGACUAUGGCUGCACCUGUCGGUUUGAGAUGGAGGGGCCACCUGUGGACGAAGCUGACAGCUGCUGCUUCCAGCACCGCAAGUGCCACGAGGAGGCUGCGGAGAUGGACUGCCUCCAAGUCCCUACCAAGCUGUCCACAGAUGUCAACUGCAUCAGCAGGAGUAUCACAUGUGAGUCUCGGGAUCCUUGUGAGCACCUCCUGUGCACCUGUGACAAAGCUGCCGUAGAGUGCUUGGCUCAUUCCAGCAUCAACUUUUCUCUGAACCACCUCGAUACGUCAUUCUGUCUGGCUCAGACUCCAGAGAUAACCAGCAGGAAAGAGCUGACAACCCUCCUGCCCGUAGAGGUUCCUGAGAAGCCCACAGACAGCCUGACAGCUCUCUCAGGAGAAGUGGCUGCAGAGGCCAGAGGGGACAGACUGACCACUCACCCAAGGACAAAGCCCGGCCGGGAUCUGGAAGUCACUGAAGCUGCUAGGGCCACAUCUGUUCCAGGGUCUGCAGAGAUGGCUGCCACAGAUAAAGGUGUCACUGUUGGCCCUGCUGGCGUUCAGCCUUUGGGAUUGGCUGUGUCAUCCCUCAACAGUGGUCCUGAGGAGACAAUGGGACAAGCCUGUGACAGGUUCACCUUCCUGCACCUGGACAGCGGGCACCACACGCAGGGGAUGCUACAGCUUGGAGAGAUGCUCUUUUGCCUGACGUCCCGGUGCCCAGAGGAGUUUGAAUCUUAUGGCUGCUACUGUGGGCAAGAGGGACGAGGCGACCCAAGGGAUGCCCUGGACAGGUGCUGUCGGUCCCAUCACUGCUGCCUGGAACAGGUGAAGAGGCUGGGUUGUCUGCCUGAGAGGCCUCCUCGGUCACGGGUGGUGUGCGUGGAUCAUACACCCGAGUGUGGGGGGCAGAGCCUCUGUGAGAAGUUUCUGUGUGCCUGUGACCAGACAGCUGCUGAGUGCAUGGCCUCUGCCUUCUUUAAUCAAAGCCUCAAGUCACCAAGCCCCCAGGAGUGCCAGGGCCACCAGGUCCCGUGUGAGGACAGCACACAUGGAGGACCUUCAGCCACUUCCCUGGGCUCCAGCUCCGAGGAGAGCAGUGAGGAAGGCACGCCCUUCACGGAGGCCCUGAGAACCAGAAGAUCCUUGUGGAAGUCACUUGGUCCCCUGGCCACCAGGCCACUCCGUGGGAGUUAG